GACACGUCCGCGCCCGCCGCGCCGCUCCCAGCGCUGCUCCACGCAGCCGGCGGGGCGAGGCCGUGCCCGCGCCCCCCUGCCCCAGGCGGGCGUGGCGAGGAGGCGGGCGGCGGAGCGGAGCUGGCUGCGGGGAGAGCAGGCAGCCGCCGCUGGAGCGCCAGCAAACCUGGAAGAAAGACUUUGUGUUGGAGCUAACUCCUGAGCAUUUUGAGAUCAUUCAUCAUGAAGUAUGUAGUACAGGAAUGGCUCAGAGUAACUACCUUGCUAUUCAUAGCUCAAGCAGUUUCUGCAAUGGUUCUUCCCAAUGCCACGCUCUUAGAGGAACUUUUGGAAAAGUACAUGGAUGAAGAUGGUGAGUGGUGGAUCGCCAAGCAGAGAGGGAAAAGGGCUAUCACAGACAGUGAUAUGCAAAGUAUCUUGGAUCUUCAUAAUAAAUUACGGGGUCAGGUGUAUCCACCAGCUUCCAAUAUGGAAUAUAUGACAUGGGACACAGAACUGGAGAGAUCUGCAGAGUCAUGGGCUGAAACCUGUCUGUGGGAGCAUGGACCAGCAAGCCUUCUUCCAUCAAUUGGACAAAAUCUGGGGGCACAUUGGGGAAGGUACAGACCUCCAACAUUUCAUGUCCAAGCAUGGUAUGAUGAAGUGAGAGAUUUCACAUAUCCCCAUCCUCAUGAAUGCAAUCCAUAUUGUCCAUAUAGAUGCUCUGGUCCUGUUUGUACACAUUACACACAGGUUGUUUGGGCUACGAGUAGCAGAAUCGGUUGUGCAAUUAAUUUGUGUCAUAACAUGAACAUCUGGGGGCAGAUUUGGCCAAAAGCAGUUUAUCUUGUAUGCAAUUAUUCUCCUAAGGGUAACUGGUGGGGUCAUGCUCCCUAUAAACCCGGCCGCCCCUGUUCUGCAUGUCCCCCUAGUUUUGGAGGAGGUUGUAGAGAAAACCUUUGUUAUAGAGAGGAUUCAGAAAGACCUUAUUCCCCCCAUGAACCAGAAGAGGAAACCAAUGAGAUUGAACGUCAGCGAUCCAAAGCCCAGGAUGCAACUGUGCAAAGCCGGCCAAGAACACAUCAACCUUCAGCCUCCACAGGCACUGAUGACAGUGAGAAAAAUGAAGUGAUAAGCACGCAGCAAAUGUCUCAGAUUGUUUCAUGUGAAGUAAGGCUAAGAGAUCAGUGCAAAGGAACAACUUGCAAUAGGUAUGAAUGUCCUGCUGGCUGUUUGGAUAGCAAAGCCAAAGUUAUUGGAAGUGUACAUUAUGAAAUGCAAUCCAGUAUUUGUAAAGCUGCCAUACAUUAUGGCAUCCUAGACAAUGAAGGUGGUUGGGUCGAUGUGACUAGGCAAGGGAGGAAAAAUUACUUUAUCAAGUCUUACAGAAAUGGUGUCCAGUCAAUUGGAAAAUACCAAUCUGCCAACUCCUUCACUGUCUCUAAAGUAACAGUUCAGGCUAUCACCUGUGAAACCACAGUGGAACAACUGUGCCCAUUUCAAAAACCAGCCUCACACUGUCCAAGGGUGUAUUGUCCUCACAACUGUGUGCAGGCAAAUCCACACUACGCUCGUGUGGUUGGUACACGGAUUUAUUCUGAUAUCUCCAGUAUCUGCCGGGCAGCGGUGCACGCGGGUGUGGUCCGCAACCAGGGCGGCUACGUUGAUGUGAUGCCAGUGGACAGAAGAAAGGUCUACGUGGCUUCCUUCCAGAAUGGGAUAUAUUCAGAAAGUUUACAGAAUCCUCCAGGAAGCAAGGCUUUCAGAGUAUUUGCUGUUGUUUGAAUCUAGCAAGUAAAACAUAUAAAAGGCAAGUGAAACCAGAGCACUUGGAAAAGAUUAAUACAGGCCAUUUCUUGUGAUUCCUAAAAUUUGUAUAAAGCUGUAACAUUAUUGUACAGAAGAUGUAUACUGCUUUCCACCAAAAAAUUUAAGUUACAUAUAAAUCUUAAUGAAAAAAAUCUGUAAAAAUAAACAUGGGAGAAAAAUUAAUUUGAAAAUCUAUAAUGAUAUAUAACAUUACUUUGAAUCCUGUGUUAAAUAUUGCUAUAUUUUCUUAGCAGUUACUCCUAUACAGUUAAUUCAAAGCUCAUAAAUGUUCUUUGUUUUCUUCAUCUGAAUAUAUUAUUAUAUGGUGCUUUAUAUAUGCCACUAACAGUAACCUUAAAACUAUACCAGAGGGAGGCCUGAGUUUUUAUUUUCAAUGUGCAUAAAAGAAGACAUCCCCAUAUUUUGAUGAAAGUAAAAUAAAUACAUAUAUAACUUUUUGAUGAUUUAAAAUAGUAUUAGCCAUGAAAGCAUCAAUGAAGAGUGAGAUUGUUCUCAAUUUCACACUAAUCAUAACAAGUACAAAUACCUAUUUUGAAAUAAAUUGGGAUAAAUUCCUAUAAAAUACAGGAAGAAGCCCUGGGUCAUGCUAACAUGUUUUCCUCUAAAAAAUAUUCUUAAGGGACUGGGCCAUUCAUGUCUAUUAUUUUUAAAAUACUUAUUGGAUGCUGCUAAGCUCUUUCCUUCAAAUAGCCAUAAGUCAUUAUGGCCCAAUCCUUCACAGAUAUUCCACUGUCUUGGGAUGGGCGUGUGAAACAGACAUAUAUAACCUUGAAGGAUCUCAUAAAAUCUUUGUAAUAAGAAGUGCAGUAACCUGAAAUGAAGGAAUAAGCCUGAAGUUCUUUACAAACACAUCCUUUAUUUUUGCCAUGUGAUUCCUUCAAUUUAUGCAAAUUUUGGUUCAGAGAAAAUGUAGAAUUGGACAUGUUCAAAAAGCUUUGCAAGUUUACAGCCUUGAGCUGUGCAUGUUUUCAAUAAGCUAAACAUUAAUAUGGGAGUAAAUGUUCAAAAAAACCAAAGAAAAUGGUAACAAAGGCUAACCUUGCUCCUUGUGACCUGGCAAAUACUCCUGCAGGCCAGGAAGUAUAGUGGUAUGAAGCCCUGUGACAAUUAUGUCAUUUGUUGCUUCACAGUUUUAAAGAAUUCAUUUACGGUGAACAGCUUGAUACAUUAAUUUCACCAUAUUAUGGUAUAUGAAGAACAUGUAGUGGUGAUACUAUGUUUCUUUCUAUGAAAAGUGUAUUGGUGCUUUAAGACUGAAAAGCUGUUAACUUUUAUUUUUGGUAUAUUUUGUUUCUGUUGUUGAACUUAUGUCACUCCAACUUGUAAACUUAUUCAUAUUCUUCAUAUUUCAGAAUACUAUAUUCUGCCUUCUCUUUUGCUACAUGUACUACCUCAUGUAGUUAGGCAAGCUUUGUUAGUUUUUUUAAUCUGUUUUGAAUAAAAUUAAUUUACAAUGUAAGAA